CCAGCUCCAGGAGGUGUGUGUACCUUUAAGAAGCCGUCCGUCCAGGCUGCGCUCGGUGCACCUUCAGCUCCAUCAUCAGACGAUGCGCCCCGGCAACUUCUAACAGCACCCAUGAGAGACCCCGAACAGCAGCAACGCUAAACGGUCAUCUUCGUAGACAGGUAAUGGGUCCAGUGUGAGUACCACAACACCAACCCGCCCAGCUGGCCUGUCUGACUCUGUAGCUAUGGCAACUUGUCCAAGAGGCUGUGCGCCAGCAGUGCGCCUUUGUCAGAGACUGAACCGACUCAAGACACUAGAUGAUGACAUGAUGGCAACGUCUCUGAAGCGCUGCCUCUCCACCCUGGACCUGACUCUGCUGGGUGUUGGAGGCAUGGUGGGCUCUGGGCUUUACGUUCUGACAGGAACAGUGGCUAAAGACACGGCUGGGCCUGCUGUCAUCAUAUCCUUCCUUUUUGCAGGUAUUGCUUCUUUACUGGCUGCCUUUUGUUAUGCAGAGUUUGGAGCACGCAUUCCCAAAACAGGAUCUGCCUACAUGUUUACCUACGUCUCCGUGGGAGAGGUCUGGGCCUUUCUCAUUGGCUGGAAUGUGAUUCUGGAGAACAUGAUUGGCGGUGCAGCCGUGGCACGUGCCUGGAGUGGCUAUCUGGACUCCAUUUUUAACCACGCUAUCCAGAACUUCACAGAGACACACAUUAUGCAGUGGAACGUGCCCUUCCUUGCCCACUACCCUGACCUCCUUGCAGCAGGAAUUCUAGUAGUUGCCUCCUUCUUCAUUUCCUUUGGAGUUCAAGUGUCCUCUUACCUCAAUCAUAUCUUCUCUACCAUAAGUAUGGGUGUCAUCGUUUUCAUCCUGGUCUUUGGCUUUGUGCUAGCUGAGCCAGUCAAUUGGAGUCGUGAACAAGGAGGCUUUGCACCUUUUGGGAUGUCUGGAAUACUGGCAGGUUCAGCCACGUGCUUCUACGCAUUUGUGGGCUUUGAUGUAAUUGCUUCCUCAAGUGAGGAGGCAAAGAAUCCGCAGAAGGCUAUUCCCAUUGCGACUGCUAUCUCCCUUGGACUGGCAGCAACAGCCUACAUCCUGGUCUCCACAGUGCUCACACUGAUGGUACCCUGGCAUACGCUGGACCCCAACUCUGCUCUGGCAGAUGCUUUUUUCCGCCGUGGCUACAGUUGGGCAGGAGUUGUUGUGGCAGUAGGUUCCAUCUGUGCCAUGAAUACUGUGCUGCUCUGUAAUCUCUUCUCCCUCCCUCGGAUUGUGUACGCCAUGGCAGAGGAUGGAUUGUUCUUCUCCAUUUUCGCACGAGUCAAUCCCAUCACCAAAGUUCCCGUCAAUGCUAUUCUGGUGUUUGGAAUCCUCAUGGCCACCAUGGCUCUGAUCUUUGACCUGGAGGCCUUGGUUCAGUUCUUGUCCAUCGGCACCCUCCUGGCGUACACCUUUGUGGCAGCGAGUGUAAUUGUGUUGCGUUUCCAACCUGAGAAAAUCAGCGACAAGGGAACCGCUACCACAUCUCCCAACCCCAACACUGAGCCUUCCCCUGCCCCUUCAGAGUCUCAGACCAUAACCGAGGACGGUGAGGAGCCGAAGCAGUACGAGUCCUUCUCUGACAAACUCCAGCUGGUCGAAAGGCAAAAGACGAAAGAGCGGCGUGGGGUGGGGCAGCUGAAGGCCUGCUGGGAGCCGUACCUAGACAGGCUGCUGGGGGACUGUGACCCGGGUGAGGUGGUGGCCUUCUGUGUGCUGACUUUGAUAGUGAGCUCAGUAUCCCUCUGCGCCGUGGUGGAAUUUGGAAACAAACAGCUACAGCUGCCGGUUUGGAGCUUCACAAUGCUGCUGGUGAUUUUUAGCUUAGCUUACGUCAUCAGCCUGGCUCUUAUAUGGGUUCAUGAGCCACAAAAAAACAACAAAACAUUCCAGGUACCUCUGGUUCCAUUGACUCCAGGUGCCAGUAUCCUCUUUAAUGUGUUCCUCAUGAUGAAGCUCAGUCUUCUAACCUGGAUUCGAUUCACAGUGUGGAUUGCAGUUGGUCUCUUUGUAUAUUUUGGCUAUGGCAUCUGGCACAGUAAGGAGGGAAUACGGGAGCUGCAGCCCAAAGACAUGGCCGCCCGGUACGUGGUGCUACCCAGCGGCAGCCUGGUAGAGACAGUGCAGUCCGUCCAGCCCGAAGGUCAAGUGGACUCUUCACACAUCAACGCCUCCACUGCCUCCACUGCCUCAACUGCCGAGGAGAACACGGGAAAGAGAUGAUAUGUGACCAAUCUUUGUCAUCAGUACAACUGCCUGGUAUUAUCUGCUGUCUCCCACUCAUGCGCUCUACUAUUACUAGUGUACUCUUUGUAUCUCACUCCCUUUAGCGUGUGACAGUCUGUACUUGUUGCUCUGCAAAUGUAUGCACACCACGGGAUGGGAUGCACUCUCUCUGUCUUAUUGUGAUGCAUAUUUGUAUAUCUUGUAAUACUCAAAUGUACAGUAGAGAGCUUUAUUACUGUCCUGUAAAACUUUCAGCAUCAAAGUUGUGAUAUAUCCUUUAAGACCAGCUCUCUUCUUGCAACCUUGCCACUUUGUCCAUGUGGUUGUUUGUUAUAUAUGGUGCUUUCUUUGUUACAGACACUGGAGGAUUUUUUACAAUGUUAACGCAGCUCUGGAGCUGAAACAUUUACAUUUUUUUGGAAGAUGACUGACCACAUUUUUGAAAGAUAUCAAUAUGAACAGAGUAAGCAUCCAUUUGUUGCAUGUUUUUAUUUUAUUUUUAAAUUAGGCAAAGGAAUGCACAGAGUGUGAGUUUACAUUUUUGCCUUUUUUCUCAGAUUCUUGUCACACAUUUUAUUGAUCUGGAUUCAUUUAGUCCAACUGUUUAGUAUUCAUAGACUUUCCUACUUUUCUUGGUUUCUGGCAAAGUAUUUCAUCCUAUAUUAUAAGGUAAUGUAUGUAUUCAUUUUUCUAUCAUUCCUAAUCAUAUUUCUUUUAUAAAGGUCACAGUAGCUUAUUUUUUCUGCUUUUUCCACUCUCAUUUUUGUGUUACUUUAUCUGCUCUAUGUUUUGCAUAUACCUCUCUUAGUCUGUAUCAGUAAAUUGUGUUCACUUUUUAAAUGGCUGAACACUUCAGUUCCUCACUUAAUCUCUUAAAUCUCAUCCCAUGACCCUGUACUUUUUUUUGUGUGCCACCGAUCUUGCAGUGUUUUUCUCACGAACUUUUAGACAGCAGCUUUCCUCUUUCUCCCUGUUGGAAUGAGAUUAUAUCAAAGCACAUUGAUUAUUGAAAUUGUGUGACUGAUUUCCUGAGAUAACCUGAGAACUAAUCAGAUAAAUGGAUAUAUAAGCAAGCACAAAACUAUUGAAUGGGAGUCCUUGCACACGAAUAUUGGCAGGGAGGCAGACAUUGGUUGUUAUGUUAAACAGGGAUCUGCUUCAUCUCUCUGAGGCCGUAGUAAUCCCAGCAGAUUUGCAAUAGUCCCUGUCGCCAGUCUGCAGCUUGACCUAGAUAAGAGAAAGACACACAUGUGAGGAUACUCUCAUAUUAUACAACUAACCUUCCCGUAUUCUGCACUUAUGUUGAUAAAUGAACACAAAUGAGGUUUUAUCUUAUAUCAGAUAUGUUUAAAUACUUACAAAGAUGUCUAUUCUGUCUUUAUUUAUUUCAGUUGUGUGCUUGCAUGUGUUACUUAAGAAACCAAUGGCCUUAAACAUGUUGUAAUCAAUGCAGACUGAUCUCGAAAGCUUGUGUAGUCAGUCUGAAUGGUUUAGUUUGUUUCAUUUAUUUGUCUCUUUUAUGCUUUCGAACUAUUAAACCAAAACACAAACAUGGAAGAGAAUGUACAGCAGGAGGCAUGUUGGCAUAGUUUCAAAAAGGAGUCAGGUUUGAGAGAAUUUUGUACAACUUUGCACAGUUUGCAAACUAUUGUCUGGUAAUCUUGUGUCACAGUUAUGCUUUUGAUGUCGGGGCCAGUUGCAGAUAUUAAUACCGUGGUGCUUUUUAAGCUGAACGUUCUCUCACUUCUUUCUGUCUUCUUUGUGCCAGGAAGCACAGUUAUAAAUGAUCCAAUUCUUUAUUUCUUUUCUUACUUCUCAAUAGUAUUGUACUCUGUACUCGCACAUCUAAGUCUCAGAUCUUUCUGUUAUAUAGUGUAUGUCUGUGUAAAAUGCAAAAGAUUAAAAAAAUAAAUGUUUUGAAGCAGCAUUUACAAAAA